GCAAUCGAAAAACCAUAUAAAAUUUCAAAUCCAUUAAAUUUUAGAAUUUGAAGACAAGUGGAAUGGGAAGAUGAUUUACUAUAAAAAGCAAAUGCUAUGAUGUCUAGAGUAUCAUUUAACAGUAGUAUUUCAAACAACUUUAAGAAAAAUUUUUAAGUUCUUAAAGAAAACAAAAAUGAAUACCUUUAUUAAAGUGUUCACAGUUUUGACCGCAUUAGUUCUCAUUCAUGCUGAAGAGUCUAAGAUAGGUACAAAAGCUGUAAAAAAACGAUCACCUGAUGUAGCUGCAACAAGCGUUGGUGGUCGACCACAAUAUGGAAGUAAUAGUUACAUCAGUGGUUACAACAGUUACCAAAAUUCUCACACCAGCAAUCCUAACGGAUACAGCUCUUAUGGUGUCAACGGAUACAAUGGUUAUAAUGGGGUCAACGGCUAUAAUGGUUAUAAUGGCGUCAAUGGUUACAAUGGUGUUAACGGUUAUCAUGGUGUUAACAGCUACAAUGGUGUUCAUGGUUAUAAUGGUAUUAACGGUUACAAUGGUAUUAAUGGAUAUAACAACGCAAACGGAUACUCUAGCACUACUGGAUUAGGAAAUGGUUAUAAUAAAUUUGGAAAUAACGCUAUUGGUUUUGGAAGCAACUAUCUAACUGGUAAUGGUUAUGAUCAAAAAUAUAACACCAGAGGUUACUCAAAUGGGUACAACUCUGGUUAUGGACAAAACUCUUACUACGGUAAUGAUUUAUACAACGGGAAUAGUGGUUUAAUUAAAGGCUACAACUCCGCUUUAUACUCUACUGAUGCUUCUGGUUACAGCAAAUGAAAAAAAUUGAUUUGAAAACAUGUCUAAUAAAUUAAUUUAAUAAAUGAUAUUCACGUGUACUUUAAUUUAUAACACUUUUUAUGAAAAAUAAUAAAAAUAAA